AAUUCGUUUCUUCAUCUUCCUUAUUCAAGUUUCUUUCUUUCAUCGAUUUCUUCUUCGUUGAUUCAUCGCCCUCAUGUGAAUCUGAAGCAAAACCUCCAUAACUCGAACGCCACCGCCUGCAAAUUUCUUCCGGGCGUUUCGAAAGGACUGUGAAGAAUCGAGGGACCUGAGACGAAACAGGGUCGCGGAAAGAGAGAUGUGUUGGCAAAUUUCAGUUGAUUGGGAAUGAACUUAGUCACAAUAGUUCACAAGGCUAUCCUUCUUUCUGAACGAAGUCUCUGCUACGUUUUAUAUGCUUGGACUGCGACCGUAUAAGACUGGAUUUGCAGUAUGGUGUACUGCUAAGAUAUUGUUGAACCCUUUUUCCUGAAAUAAAGAAUAGAACUUGAUCAAGUGCACCACGUAUCUACCUCCUAACCUACUUUGCUCUUUUAACUAACAGGUUACCUGCUUGCUUAUGAUAACAUUUCCUUCAAUUUUCCUCGGUGAUGUAUAUAUGCUUACAUUGGGCCAUCAUUUAUUUUUUCUUGCAGAAGAACGAAGAUCCGAAGGAGUAUAUCAUCUGCAACAAGAGAGGACAAGGGAAUUUUACUUAAUUGCUGUUAGAAUUUAAAACAAGUUUUGGGUAGGUUUGGACUCUCCAUGGCUCCUGGUGGCAGUGCGUUGAAAGAAGCCCUAGAAUCUAACUCCACAGGCUUAGAUUAUGAGGUUAAGAUGGCAAAGGUUGAGGCUAAUAGCAAACCAACAAAAUCAGGGAGUGGCUCCAUUGGAAAAUUCCAUUCGAGCAAUGGUGUUUAUGAGCUCCUCGAAUGUCUGGUUUGUACAAAUCUAAUGUAUCCUCCAAUUCAUCAGUGCCCGAACGGCCACACAUUGUGUUCAAGCUGCAAACUGAGAGUGCAGAACACAUGCCCUACAUGCCGCUAUGAGCUUGGUAACAUAAGAUGCUUGGCUCUUGAGAAGGUUGCAGAAUCAUUGGAAGUUCCAUGCCGGUACCAAAAUUUAGGGUGUCAUGACAUUUUUCCGUAUUACAGCAAGCUCAAGCACGAGCAGCAUUGCAGGUUUCGAUCCUACAACUGUCCUUACGCUGGUUCUGAGUGUUCAGUGACGGGUGAUAUUCCAACACUUGUUGACCAUCUCAAAGAUGAUCAUAAAGUUGAUAUGCAUGAUGGAUGCACUUUCAACCACCGUUAUGUGAAGUCAAAUCCGCACGAGGUCGAGAAUGCUACAUGGAUGCUUACGGUCUUCAACUGUUUUGGAAGACAGUUCUGCUUACACUUUGAGGCGUUUCAGCUCGGGAUGGCACCAGUGUACAUGGCGUUUCUACGGUUCAUGGGAGAUGAGAACGAGGCUAAGAAGUUCAGUUACAGCUUGGAAGUUGGAGCUCACAGCCGUAAACUGACAUGGCAAGGGAUUCCCAGAAGCAUCAGAGACAGUCACAGGAAAGUCCGAGAUAGUCAAGACGGACUCAUAAUCCCUAGAAACUUGGCUUUGUACUUCUCUGGCAGUGACAAAGAAGAGCUCAAGUUGCGAGUCACUGGACGGAUUUGGAAAGAAGAAUAAGCUAAUGAUGACUUAUGAUGCAAAGCAAAAUGGGAAAUAAGAAGAGAAGAAAGAAAAAUAAGAGUUGAUUGAAUCUAAACGGAUGAUGUACAUAACAGCCUUGAGAGAGCUUCCUGAUCAUAUGGAAGGAGUUGAAAAUUCGAAAUUUGUUCUUUCAACUCUCUUUUUUCAGUAACUAUGAGAUAAAAAUUAUCCCAUGAUCGGUUGAAAUAUUUUGUGGUUUGCAAUAUUACAAUCUCUGUCUUGUAAUCUUGGUUUUAUUGGAAAAAAAUAAAGACGAUCUUUUUGU